AUGAUUGCAGAGUUUGAUCCAGUUAUGAGAGAACAUGUCAGACGAGUUGAAGAAAAAGAAAUAUAUUCUCAUUAUCUUAGUCAUAGGAUACAGAAUGAGUUGAUAGAACUGUUGGCCAAUGAUAUCAAACUUAAGAUCAUAAAGAAGAUUCAAGCUUCAAAAUAUUUUUCAGUGAUUCUUGAUUGUACUCCAGAUAUUAGUCACAAAGAACAGAUGACUCUGAUUAUUCGAUGUGUGGAUGUAACUUCAAUGUCAACUAGGAUUGAAGAAUUCUUUUUGACAUUCUUGAAAGUGGAUGAUAAAACUGGAGGAGGACUUUUCUCUACUCUUCAAGAUGCAUUAAUUAGUCUAGGGUUGGACAUUGAUAAUGUGAGAGGUCAAGGUUACGACAAUGGGUCUAAUAUGAAAGGAAAAAAUAAAGGAGUGCAGAAGAGGUUGCUUGAGAUUAAUCCAAGGGCAUUUUUCACACCAUGUGGUUGCCAUAGCUUGAAUCUUGUGCUUUGUGAUAUAGCUUCUUCUUCAGAAAAGGCUGUGUCAUUUUUUGGAAUUAUCCAACGAGUAUAUUGUCUGUUUUCAUCUUCAACAAACAGGUGGGAGGUAUUUAAACAGAUGGUAGAAGGUUUAACACUUAAAUAUUUAUCUCAAACUCGUUGGGAGAGCCGUGUUGAAAGUGUCAAAGCAAUACGAUUUCAAGCUCCAGCAAUAAGAGAGGCUUUACUUUUAUUGGUAGAAGACUUUGAUGAUCCAAAAACACGAAGCGAAGCUGAAUCUCUUGCACUGAGUGAGACACAUGGUAUUGGAAAUUUUGAAUUUUUGUUUGGCAUGGUUAUUUGGGAUAAGAUUGGAAUAUUAAAUCCUAGAAGCACAACUAAAUUAGAACAGAGGGAGUAUGAACUUCUAUCUGCUGUCAACGCCAAGUAUCGAGAAAGUGGUUUUGAUUUAGCAAAAUCUGAAGCUACCAAAAUUGCUGAAGCUAUGGAGAUUGAAGCCAAGUUUCCUGAGAAAAGGAAGCGUUUCUUAAGAAGAAAAAAGCAGUUUGGUGAAGAUCCUAAAAAAGUUGACGAAAAUAUUGAACUACCACCGGAGGAAAGUUUCAGAGUUGAUUAUUUCAUCGCCCUUAUAGAUCAAGCUUUGCUAAUAUCAGCAGGUGAUGAAGAUUUGAGAGAAUCAUGUAUGAACCUUGAGGAUUGUCUAAAGAAUGGUGAACAUUCAGACAUAGAUGGGAGCGAUCUGUUUGCUGAAAGAAGUUUCUCCAAACUCAAGCUUAUAAAAAAUUAUAUGCAAUCCACUAUGUCACAAGAAAGAUUGAGCGGAUUAGCCUUAUUAUCGAUCGAGAGAGCUAUGGUUGAAGAAAUAGACUAUGAAACUCUGAUGAACGAUUUUGCAGCAAAAAAUUCAAGGAGACUUAUAUUUAAAAGAGAUUAA